AUGCUGCGUUUGACAUAUUUAAGCCUUCUUUGGUGGACUUUGUUCAUGUACAAAGUGAGCACGACUGUUGCUCAGGAUAAGGGAGGUUACUUGGUGGCCGCUCCCUCAGUGUUCCGAGCGGGUGUCGAGGAGAGCAUCAGUGUAACCAUCUUCAACGCCAAAGCAGAAACUCGUGUGCAGGUCCAACUGUCGAUGAAAGGGCAAGUGGUCGCUCACAGCCACGGCUCCGUGCUCGACAAAGGCACCAUCAAACUGAAGGUUCCCUCUGGCCUAAGAGGCCAGGCCCACCUGAAGCUGUGGGGGAACCGUCACCUCACAGAGGGGGGCUACAUCUUCCACAACUACACCACGGUCACGGUGGAGAGCAAGGGCACAGCUGUUUUCAUCCAGACUGACAAGCCCGUCUACAAGCCCAAACACAAAGUGUUCAUCAACGUCUACACAGUCACGCCUGACUUGAGGCCAGUUAAUGAAAAGAUUGAGGCAUACAUUUUGGAUCCAAGAGGAUCCAGGAUGGUGCAAUGGAAGGGUCUUAAAUCUAUCUGCUGUGGAAUAGUCAACAUGAGUUUCCCUCUGUCCGACCAGCCCGUGUUUGGAGAGUGGUUUAUUUUCGUGGACGUGCAGGGCCACACCUACAACAAAUCAUUUGAAGUGCAGAAAUAUGUCAUACCCAAGUUUCAGUUAAUGAUUGAGCCUCCCCGCUACAUCCGUGACCUGAACACAUGCGAGCAGGCCACUGUCCGGGCUCGGUACACAUUCGGAAAAGCUGUGUCAGGGAAGUUAAGCGUAAACAUGACAGUGAAUGGAGUGGGUUACUAUCGUCAUGAGAUGGGUCAUCCUGUGAUCAAGAACAUGGAGAUGAAAGGUUCUACAAACUUCAGCUUGUGCGUCAAAGACAUGAUGCCCCUGGACGUUGCCGACCACUUCAGGGGCACGGUGAGCAUCUGGGCCUCGCUUACUAGCACGGACGGCAGCAGGCAAACCACCUUUGACGAUUCCACACCAGUCCAGAAGCAGCUCAUUGACAUUAGGUACUCCAAGGACACACGCAAACAGUUCAAGCCAGGUCUGCCUUACAAAGGGAAGAUCGAGGUAACCUACCCUGACGGAAGCCCCGCUGAUGGCGUGAGGGUGCGUGUUAAGGCCGAGUUGUCCCCGAAAGACAAUGUAUAUACCAGCGAACUAAUUUCCAAGGAUGGUCAGGCCACCUUUGAGAUUCCGUCCAUCCCAACCGCAGCUCAGUAUGUGUGGCUUGAGACAAAGGUGACUUCCAUUGAAGGCAAGGCAGUUGGAGACCAGUACUUGCCCAGCUAUCUGUCCAUCAGCAGCUGGUACUCUCCCAGCCGGUGUCACAUACAGAUCCAGAGCCCCAGUGCCCCACUCAAGGUUGGCCAAGAGGCAGAAGUGUCACUUAAAUCCACGUGUCCCUGUAACUUCACAUUGCACUAUGAGGUGGCUUCUAGGGGAAACAUCAUCCUCUCCGGCCAGCAGCCCGCCAACCUCACGACCCCGCACCGAGGAAAACGGGCCACGGUCACCUUUGACAAAAACAUUCACACUACCCACUCGCCGGUCGCUGACUCAGGCUCUUUCACACAGACGGAAAUGGACAGUUGUGUCUCGUACCUGCGCUUCACUGUCACUCCCACCAUGGCACCACUCAGCCGUCUACUCGUCUAUUACGUGCGGGAGAACGGCGAGGGAGUCACGGACAGUAUGCAAAUCUCCAUCCAGCCUACCUUUGAGAACAAGGUGUCUCUUUCUUUGUCCACCAACGAGUCCAUGCCAGGUGAUUCCGUGAGCGUGCAUGUCCAUGCAGAAAAAGGCUCCUGUGUUUGUGUGGCCACUGUGGACAAAAGCCUUUACUUGUUGAAGCCAGACUUCCAACUUAGCCAAGACAAGGUGUUCAAAGAGCUGUCAGAUUUCGACGUUUCGGAUGCCUUCGGCGUUCAGAAAGACGAUGGACACUUUUGGUGGCCUGGGCUGUCGUCGAAGAGACGCCGACGCUCCUCAGUUUUUCCCUGGCACUGGGAUAUCACCAAGGACGCGCGCUUUGCCUUCUCAGAAACGGGGCUUGUCGUGAUGACAGACAUGGUGAGUUUGAACCACCGGCAAAGUGGAGGCAUGUACACCGAUGAGGCCAUCCCUGCCUUUCAGCCGCAUAGUGCCACCCUGGUUGCUGCCAUGCACUCUCGUUCCACAUUCAGACCAGAGAAGCGGAGGCGUACAUUCUUCCCGGAGACGUGGGUGUGGCACUGCCUCAAUGUCAGCGCUGAAACGGGUGAAGCCGAGCUACGACUGGAAGUGCCAGACUCCAUCACUACCUGGGUCACCGAAGCCAUUAGCCUGUCCAAAGACAACGGUCUAGGCUUGGCCAAGAGAGUGGAGCUCCGUACAUUCAAGCCUUUCUUUGUGGACUUUACGUUGCCUUACAGCUUAAUCCGAGGGGAGCAAACCAAAGUUCCCCUGACCGUCUACAACUAUCUGCCAACGUGUGCUGAGGUUCACAUUAAAGUGUCAGUUCCAAAGGGCAUCAAGUUUAUUGGUCAUCCUGGAAAGCACCACCUCACAAGGAAGAAGUGCGUAGCUCCUGGGGAGGCAACACCAACCACCAUCGUGUUGGCUUUCAGUGAACUGGGUCCAGCAAACAUUACAGCUCGGGCCAUCGCCUACACUGAAACAAGCUGCUGUUCAGACUUACUACAGUCGGGCAAAACAGGAAAUGAUGUGGAGGAAAGAAGGACACCCACUGGCCUGGACUUUGUGCGUAGGACGGUCCUUGUCGAGUCAGAAGGCUUGCCAAGAGAAUAUACGUAUAGUGUCUUCUUCUGUCCCAAUGAGAGAAUCCAGAUCUCGACGCCAAACAAGUAUGAGUAUCAAUACGUGAAGAAGCCGGCCAAGAUGAGCGAGUUUCAGGUGGCUGUGAAGACGCACAACGACGCCCAUUUUGCCCUCUCACCCACACCACACGACAGUGCUGAGAUGAUAGAGAUCGUGCUAGGUGGCCGACAGAACACUCGCUCCUGGAUUUCCUUGGGCAAGAUGGGUGAGCCACUCGUCAGUGUCCCUACACCGGGCAUCCUAUCAUAUGAGUUCCGCAGCUUUUGGAUAAGCUGGAAAGAAGGUCUUGUGCAGGUUGGCCAUGGUUUACAUCCAUCCAAUGCAUCAGUUAUCCUUCAUUGGCCCUGCACAACCCCUUUACAGGUUCGACACAUAGGCUUCUCCACAGGAUGGGGCUCAGUUGGGGAAUUUAAGAUCUGGAAAAAGGAAGACUCGGAUGAGAACCAUAAUGAGGCCUUUACUCUCGGGGUCCCACACAACAUGGUGCCUGGAUCUGAGCGAGCUUCCGCAUUUAUGAUUGGCGAUGUAAUGGGACCCACAUUGAACAACCUAGACAAGCUGUUGCGACUGCCGUUUGGGUGUGGAGAACAGAACAUGAUCCACUUCGCGCCCAAUGUCUUUGUGCUCAAGUACUUGCAGAAGACACGACAGCUCAGCCUCGAGGUGGAAAAUGAGGCGACUGAUUACCUCUUGCAAGGCUACCAGAGACAGCUGACCUACAAACGUCAUGAUGGCUCCUACAGUGCUUUCGGAGAGAGGGAUUCCUCAGGAAGUAUGUGGUUGACAGCCUUCGUGCUCAAGUCCUUUGCCCAGUCGCGGGGUUUCAUCUUUAUUGACCCUGAGGAGCUGCGAGCGCCCAAGUCGUGGCUCAUCAGGCACCAGCGAGACGACGGUUCUUUCCCAGCUAUGGGGCGGAUUCUGAACAAAGACCUGCAGGGUGGGAUCCAUGGGAAGAUCUCUCUGACAGCUUAUCUGGUGGCAGCACUCUUAGAGACGGGGAUAUCAGAUGAUGAAGAGAAGUUGGCUGUGUCCAAAGCUAAGGACUUCCUGGAAACCAAUACUUACUCCGCUGAUGACCCUUAUACAACUGCCCUGUGUGCAUAUGCCUUGGCUCUGCUCCGCAGCCCCUUUGCUCCUCUCGCCCUGCGGCGCCUCAACCACAUGGCCAUUACGCAAGAUGGACUCACCCACUGGAGCCUGACUGGAAGCAUGAUGACUGAUGAAGACACUUUCAUGGGUUUCAGCGAUGGCCUCUCCCAGUCAGUGGUUUCAGCAGAGGUAGAGAUGACGGCUUAUGGUCUUCUUACCUACACUCUCCUCGGGGAUGUGGCGUCAGCCUUGCCUGUAGUCAAAUGGCUCUCCCAACAGCGGAACGCCCUUGGUGGCUUCUCCUCAACACAGGACACAUGUGUCGCACUGCAAGCAUUAUCAGAGUACGCCAUCCUGUCCUACAUUGCGGGUGUCAACCUCACCAUCUCGUUGGCCUCCACGAACCUGGACUUUCAGGAGACCUUUGAACUCAACAAGGACAACAAGAAACUCCUUCAGCGCGCUAAGAUUCCCAGCAUUCCAACAGGCCUUUUUGUCAGCGCCAAAGGAGAAGGCUGCUGUCUCAUGCAGAUUGACGUUUCCUACAAUGUACCCGACCCCAUAUCGAAGCCGGCUUUCCAGCUCAAGGUGGACCUCAAAGAGAUUUUCCCCGGCCGCCAUCAACAGCCUCCUCUUCCUCCUUCAUCUUCCUCAUCUGCCCGUCAUGCUGCCUCGCGACCCCGCAGCCGUGCCGACAACCGCUCGGAGCUCAACCGCAAGCGUCGAGCGCCUAUCGACGACGACGACCCCGCAGCUCACAGGGACAAAUUGGACUUCCACAUCUUCUUGGAAGUCUGCGCCAGGUGGCUUAAUUCGGGCUCUUCCAACAUGGCCGUCAUCGAGGUCCCCAUGAUCUCCGGUUUCCGAGCAGAUGUCGAAAGUCUUGAAAGGCUGCUGAUGGACAAGCGCGUGGGUCUGAAGAGGUACGAGCUCAGCGGCAGGAAAGUGUUAUUCUACUUUGAUGAGAUCCCCAGCCAGUGCAUGACGUGUGUGGCCUUCCAGGCUGUCAGGGAAUACAUUGUGGGCAAGACGGCACCUGUUCCGGUCAAGAUCUACGACUACUAUGAACCAGCCUUCGAGGCCACCCGAUUCUACAACGUCAGCGAGAGCAGCACGCUCGCCCGGGAACUGUGCGACGGACCAACUUGCAACGAGGUGGAAAGUUCAUCCAAUCAAUGGACAGGUUUUGUGCAGGCCAGCCAGUGCAACAACGUGUUUGGCUGCUUGGAGGAGGAGCAGUUUGAACGCUGUACCUGCUACCGGGAUUGCGGCUACGAUGGAGAACGCGUGUGCGGGUCCGACGGACAGAUCUACCUGAACCAGUGCCAGAUGGAAGUGUUUGCUUGCCGGAACGGAACGCGGAUCAAGCAGGUCCCUGCGUCCCAGUGUCCUCACAUGGAUUCUAGGGCAGAGGACAAGCAACCAAUAGUGAGCCAGGAGACUGAGGAACCCUCCGUGCCCAUACACACAGGUGAAGAAGAGCAAGGCUCAAUGGCCGACGUGUCUUACUACUCUUAUGAUUACGACUCCGAGCCAUUCCUGGCCAAUGCCGAGGCGCGAGACCCCAAUUUCGAUGUUCCCAGAGCCGACCCGGACAUGGCCCAGAAAGUCGUCCUGCCCUUCAACGCCCAAAUACCCACAGCUGAUGCAGGGAACAGUCCCGAACGAUGUCCAGACAACAGACAGACUCCUUUCAAGUGA